GUCAACAUUCGAAAACAUGGCGGACUGGAGGCUCAUCAAUGUGCUGGUGCUAGGGAUUGGUUUUAUGUUUAUAUUUUCUGCUUUUCAAACAUGUUCCAUGGUAGAGCAAACUGUCAUUACUGAUGCACGGGACGCACCAAAUAGCACAUUCACAGGGAAUGGUUACACCAGUCUUGCAAUUAUAUACAUCUUCUCCUCAUUGUUCAACUGGGUAGCUCCAGCCAUUGUGAAUUUCCUCACACCCAAAUGGUCACUGGUUGUGUCAGGGUUUACGUAUUUUUUGUUCAUAGCAUCUUUCUUAUAUCCAAUGACAUGGGCUCUGUACGUUGGAUCAGUGUUAGUAGGCAUUGGGGCUGCAGUAUUGUGGACUGCCCAAGGUAGCUUUCUCACCCUUAACUCUGACGCAGAAACGGUUGGAAGAAACAGUGGCAUAUUUUGGGCCCUUCUCCAAAGCAGUCUUCUGAUUGGGAACCUGUUCUCAUAUUUUGAGUUACGUGGAGCCACCACAAUAUCAGAUAGCAGACGGACAGUGCUGUUUGGAGUGUUUUCAGGGGCCUGUUUCCUUGGUGUUCUUAGCUUUGUGUUUUUGAGAAAGGCACCUUUUACUUCUAGCAAGGAAAUCCAGAAUGUUAAUAUAAGUUCCAGUGGAAUAAGAACUGGACCAGGGGAACCCAAUGGUACUGAAGUAGUUAAUGUAAUGGAAGACAGACCUGCUGGCCCUGUGAAAGCUUUAGUUCAGUCUUUCAAGUUGAUGGCCACAAAAAACAUGCUGCUGCUCAGCGUAUGCUUUGCUUAUACAGGAUUGGAGUUAACCUUCUUCAGCGGAGUGUAUGGGACAAGUGUAUCCAAUACCAAAAUACUAAAAGACCCGGAUGCUCUGAUUGGGAUCUGUGGAAUGUUUAUAGGUGCUGGAGAAAUAAUAGGUGGUGCGGCCUUUGGGCUGUUGGGAAAGAGAACCAACCGGUUUGGCAGAGACCCCAUUGUUUUGUUAGGAUUUCUGGUGCAUACUGUGGCCUUCUUUCUCAUAUUCAUCAACAUCCCAGAUAUAGCUCCAAUUCAUAAAACUGAAGAUGUGGCUUAUUUUUACAGUGUAUUUCCAAACGAAUACGUGGCAGUGUUGUGUGGUUUCCUGUUGGGAUUUGGUGACAGCACCUUCAACACUCAGAUCUACUCCAUACUUGGCUUCAUGUACCCAGAUGAGAGUGCCCCAGCCUUUGCCCUCUAUAAAUUUAUGCAGUCUCUGGCUGCAGCUGUAGCAUUCUUCUACAGUGACGUGUUAAUGCUGAAGUGGCAGUUGUUGAUUUUGCAAGUGAUGUGCGUGCUAGGAAGUUUCUGUUUUUUCAUCGUUGAGUGGGGUGCAUCACAUUUGCAUGGACCUGGCAUGUACACUUCUAUUGAUUGACAGGAGGACUCUGAUGACCAACUCUCUGAAAUAUAUGAUCAGGGUGAAGAGGACCACUUAUUGUGAGAAAUUAUUUAGAAUAGAUGAAAUAUAGAAAACAUUUACCACUUUUUGUGUCCAAAAAUAGUUUUAAAAAGUAGCAUGGAGCCUUUAUAACUUUAUUGCAAAGACAACAACACCAGUAACUUGUGCCCAAGCUUGGAAUCAUGUCCUGUCCGUGGACUACUGGCAUAAAUAGAGAGACUUAAAAUGAGUGACUGCCAAAGGAAAGUCACAGUAAAUAUUUAUAGGCAAGAAAGUAAGUGCAAGGGUGACAAGAAGUGGUGGCUUCAAUUGUGAAUUUGUUUUCGAACAAAAAUAAGGUGAAAACACUGUUGGGUAUGAUUUUUUAAUGAGCAUGGAAUUGUUCAAAUUUGGCAAAAUGUUGAUUAAAAUGGAAAAAUAACUGCCAUAUUUUGCUACAAAUUUGCCCUUUUCUCCUUUAAAAUUAUAUAUAAAAAUAAAUGCAAGAGUGAAAAAGUGAAUUGGUCAAAAAAUUGGCCAAAAUUGUGAUAUGAAUGAGAUUUUUUUGUGCAAUUUAUAUAAUGUUGAGAGUAUAGUUCCUCUUGAGUUUUAUCAUAUUGUAUGUACUGAAGAUUGUUUUGGCAUCAGUGGUGGGUGCUGCAAUAAAUUGUCAGAUCUAACUUAUGUUUGAGUAAGUACUAGUUACAACAAGAGUCGUCCACUGUAUGCGACAUACAAGAGUGUAAUUAUAUCGAGGCGCAGUCUGUAGGACGCAUACAGUGGACGACGAGUAGUUGUAACUGACUUACACCACUGCUGGCAUUUCGAACAAUAGGAUGAACACACCGAAGCAUAUGAAAAUACAGGCAAGCCUUUAUGGGAAAUACAAAUGCAAUUAUCCUUUUGUUCAAAGCACCAGUCUUGGUAUAAGUAAAUAUGUAGUAACUGAUCUUGUAAAUCUGUCCAAAUUGGUUUUUGUCUAGUCCUUGUCCUAAUGUAUUUUCUUUUAAUCAUUUAGUCUGUUUAUUCAUGUAUUUUUGUUUUUUAGAUAAACUAAACAAUGACAAAAAUCAUCAACUCUUUUUGUCAUACACCUGAAGAUAUUAUCCAUUCUAUAAUAACUAUGGUUCUGUAGUAGUGAACUUUAUUGUUAACUUGUAAAUAGCUACCUUACUUUAGGGAUAUAUACUUUUGCAUAAUGUACAAGGUCAAAUAAAAAUAUGUACCAAGAUUCAAUUGAAUUAACACAUAAACAACUGUUCAUAUGAUAAUCCAAAUAUUGAAAUCCACUUGUCCAGGAGCAAUAAUUGUGCUUCUCCUUGAGCACAAUUUUUAUUUUCAAAUAUCGAGAAAGAAGUAGCAACAUCUUUCUUGUCUAUCUCUCCCUAAAAUUUAUUUAAGUUGAACAUUUCAAUGAAAACAAAUGUAUAAGAAGAUCUUAGUAUUUAUUUUAAGUCCCUACCUAUUUAUCUCAUACUUACCUGAAAUCUGUGCAAAAAACUGAAAGAAAAAAGAGAAACUAGUUCUUCAAAAAUUUUUGUAGUUUAUCCAGAAGAGCUACUUUUGAUCAGUAAAAAAUGUCAAUGUUCUGUAAAUAAGAUUACUUAGAUCAUACUUUAUCUCAGAAUUACUGAUAAGUAUGAUCUAAGAACAGCAGAAGAUAUUGGAGAAAAAUAUGUUUUAAAAUGUAGUAGAAGUUAAAUUUCCUAAUGAAUGUAGAUUAUGGUAGCUAUAGUUUUUCUCCAUAAUGGCAUUUAGUCUGCGUCAUCAAUAUCACUUUAAUGUUAUGUAAAUAAGACAUCUCAUUGUUGGUGAUGAGAAAAAUGUUAUUUAUGUGGAAAUACAACACAUUUUGGUUAUAAUUUUUAUGUAUACAACAUAUUUAUCCAAGGUAUCCAUAUGACAUAUCUUUACACAUAAUAUUAAGUUAUUACGUGGGCUUUUAUUCUAUUUGUGCCUCUAAAUUGGGGAACAUCAAGCAUUUGAGGGCACUAUAAUAAGAUAAACAAAAACAAGGGUGUACUUGAUAGUAAUUAUCCAAUUAAACUGAUAUACAUUCUGUUGAUAUUUUGUACAGAGUACAUUCCACCUUGCUCUUCAUAGAAAAAGUUUAGUUUUGGUUUAUCACAAUCCAAUAUUGAAAAAUGUAUUAUUUAUUUAUUUUUAUUAUUAUCAUUAUUUAUUAUUUUUGUAUUAACUGAAUUUUAUGAAAUUUGUGUAACUAUAAUCUUUGCACAACUCCGACAAUUUUUUUGGUCCCAAGGAGUUGGAAUACUAGUCUUCUGUAUAUGAAUACUUUGCAAUGUGUACAGGUUGGGUUAUGACUUUCUCUGGUUGCAGAGUUUACUUCCUACAACUAUUACCACAGCAGCUAUGCCAACAGCAUAAGUUUACUGGAAUGUAAUGUUUUCAAAGUGAUUUUUGUGUAUUUUUAUUAUUAUCCAAAAUAAACUGAUCAAUAUGCAUUA